UCUGCUUAACACUCAUAAUUAAUAUUGAAUAUUCAUUUGAGAAAAUGAAUUCGAACAAUUUCGAUAUGUUUUUGGAUUACGACUCAAAUAUAGACACUGAAAAAAAUAAUUUACGUCAAAGAUUCCUUAAUCGAAAAAAACAGAUCCACGACCAAGAUAUAAAAAUUAAAUUAUUUGAUAAAAUUAAUUCUAAUAAAACCUUAUUUGUUGAUGGCAUACUUCAUUCUCUUGAAGCUAAUGGUUUCGAUUUAAAAAAUGAAAUGGAAGUUGCGUUCAGAAACAUAUUAACGAUGAACGGUUCCAAAUUUAUCUUUAAGAGAGAUUUCUUCUGGAGAACAUGGCGGGUAGUUGAAAAUAAGACGGGAAAUAGUUCGAUAAUUUGUUACAAAUGUCAAAGUUUAAUCAACGAAACUUGUCCUAAAUGCCGCAGUGGUGGAUAUUGGAUUAUUGAAGAAAAACCACCAAGGUGUCCUUAUGAAAUACUUUCAUUAAAAACAGAUCGGGAAUUGUGUAUUGUUAAUAAUGCACAAUAUUAUAAACCAUUCGAUGUUUGUCCAUCAGUUAUAACUAUGAGAGAUUUAAGAAUAUCUUGCGGGGAUUUUAUCGAAACAAUAUGGCGUAUUACAAAGACAUACAACGUUCCUGAACGUAGCACUACUGUCAUCUGUCAAGGGCGGGAAAACUGUGAAAUUUCAACUUUAUAUUCGAUUAACAACAAUUCGAUAGUGUUUAGAAUUAUCAAUUCAACAAAUAACGUGUUUUAUUCAAGAACAAUGAAAAGUGAUAACAAAAAUUACGUAUGUUUUAACGAUUGCGGUAUAUUUAAUCCAGUGACUAAAGAAAUUAAAAAACGGGAAGGACCAUUAAUCUAUGAUUUAUUCAAAAACAUCAAAAACAAAAGAGAUAGUAAAUAUGUUAAUUCUAAAAAAGAACACAAGAAAAAUAGUUCGCCAAUAAAAUUUCAGGGGAUUACAAAGGCGGUUAAUUUGUUAAGUAAUGGCCUUCAUUACAAAGAGCAAAGACAGAACGAAGAUGAAAAUUUACAAGCAAACGACUCACAUCUUUCUAAACCGAAUAAAGAAUUAUUAAAGUCUCCAUGUAUGAAAUUACAGGAGAAAUAUUUAAAAGAAUAUGAUGAUGAUGAUGAUAGUGAUUACUAUGACUAUAAGUGA